AAUGAAUAUAUUAAAAAGAGAAUAAGAAUUUGUGAGAAGCAAGAAUCUAAUAGGAGAUUAAGAGUAAUUGAUAAUGUAAUAAAUAAGGAUAUAAGAAGUAUAGAAAUUGAUGAUAAGAUUAUUUUUAAAUCUAAUAAGAAAAUAUAUAUUACAGAUGAAAUUAAUAAUCCAUUAAAAUAUAUUGCAAAAAGUUAUUUAACUAAUAAAAGAUUAAAAUCUAGUAUAGAAAUUUUCAGUAAAAACAGUAACAACAAUCUAGACAAGAAAAAUGUUAAUAGAAAGAAAUAU